AUGAAACACACCUUCCCUCCCCUCAAGAAUGAUCGACUGCUGCGGGCGGCGCGUGGCGAACAGGUCGACCGUCCGCCCAUCUGGGUGAUGCGACAAGCCGGCCGAUACCUCCCUGAGUAUCACGAAGCGAAGGGGAAACAUGAUUUCUUCGAAUGCUGUCGCUCACCGGAAAUCGCGUCGACGUUGACCCUGCAGCCGAUCGAUCGUUUUGACGGCCUCAUCGACGCCGCCAUCAUCUUUUCCGAUAUCCUGGUCAUCCCUCAGGCCAUGGGCAUGGAAGUGAAGAUGGUGGAUGGCAUUGGACCCAAGUUCCCCAAUCCCCUGCGCUCGCCCUCGGACACACAAUAUCAAGAGGUGUUACAGCGACAGGUGGAUGUCGCGAAAGAGCUCGACUAUGUCUACAAGGCGAUUACGCUGACACGGACCAAGCUUGCCGGCCGAGUCCCUUUGUAUGGCUUCUGCGGUGCCCCGUGGACUUUGCUGUGCUACAUGGUCGAGGGCGGAGGCACCAAGAUCUUCAAAGAAGCAAAGACCUGGGUGUAUAAGUACGGAAAGGAAAGCAAGGCCCUGCUUCAGAAGAUUGCCGAGAUCUGUGUCGAAUACCUUGCGUUGCAAGUCGCCGCAGGAGCACAGAUUCUCCAAGUCUUUGAUUCAUGGGCUGGAGAGCUGUCGCCUUCCUCGUUCAAGGAGUUCGCCCUGCCAUACCUCAGAUACAUCUCGCAGAAUCUGCCCAAGAGGCUGCGCGAGAUGGGCGAGGAUGUCGUGCCAAUGGUUGUCUUCGCCAAGGGCGCUUGGUAUGCUCUGGACGAGCUGUGCGAUUCUGGCUACGACGUGGUUGGCCUCGACUGGUUGCACGACCCCAAAGAAGCCGUGCAGAUAGCCCGAGGCCGGGUGACAUUGCAGGGCAACGCCGAUCCCGGGGUGCUGUACGGUAGCCACGAAGCCAUCACCUCAGUGGUGGAAGACAUGGUGAAGGGGUUCGGCGGAGGGAAGCAACGCUGGAUCGUCAAUCUGGGCCAUGGCAUUACUCCCAGCGUCAAGCCUGACGACCUGAAGUUUUUCUUUGAGGAGAUUCACAGAUGCACGGCAUGA